AGCAAUCACUCAAAUUUCCUGUUGCUUGUACUUCUCAGGAAACAAUGAUUCAUCAACGAAAGAAAAACAACAAAAACAAAAACAGAAAAAUAAAUAAAUAAAAUAUGGAGUUUUAUCAGCGGCUUUAGCCGAUUAAGGCAAUCCUGUGCAUGGUGUAACGAGUUUGCAUAUCCUGGAGAGCACGAUGGGAAACAAUGUUUGUCAACAUGGCGGAAAUCGAGCCUAGAUGGUCUACCAUUUCGAUCGAUGCAAGUCACCGACAGACUUUGAGAAGCAUGAGGGUUUCGUAAGCUCACACGAAUUAUUUAGUCCAUGGAAUUUUACGUGGAGUACCACAGCUCCGAAGGAAACAGCGAAAUUGGCAGAACGAAACUAUCUGUUCCUGAUUUAAAUACCACAACCAUUAAAGAUGUGAAAUAUAUGUUGCAAGGGCGGAUUCAGGUGCCGGUUUGCGACCAGCAAUUGUUCUAUCAAGAAAGAGCGCUCACAGUCGAUCAAAUGAGUCUCGGCCGACUGUAUUUUCGGGAAGGUGAUACUUUAAAUCUGCAAUUUACUGCUGCUGCAGAUAUACAAGGAAUGACUGAACUUCUGAAUGUGUUAAAGAAAUGUGCGAGAGAAAUUGAGGCAAAGCUGGAAAACAAGCUUCCUGAUAUCAAUGAAGAUUCUGAAGGCGUGUGGCGGUUUUAUGACCGGCUUCUGUACGCUUUGGAGGGACUUGCUUCGUUUUUCUUUCCAUGGAAAUGUUUACGAUCCGUUGCUCAAAGACAUUUCUUCGUUCAGGAGGAAGGAUUUGACGCAUUCUUGAAAGUUUUUAAACUUUCCAGGCAGCUCUACUUGACUGAGCAACAAGAGAGUGACCUAAAUUUAAAUGCAAAUUUGCGAGAAGCAACCACAAUUCGAAAUCAUCUCAAACUCCACUUCAAUCAAGGACAACUUGUUCUCCAGUUGUGUUGUCUCAGUUUUUUGUGGAAUUUUGGUGAGACGCCUCAAGAUCGCAAGUUUCUUUUGUCAAAGGAUGUCUUUCCCUUAACUGUUGAUGCCCUUUUACUUCAACCUAGUCCCCUGGAGAAAACUGGCCAUAUUGACAUGGCCAGCUUGGUGGUUGGUGUAAAUGAGAGUGCAGUUGGAUGCUUUGGAGGAUUGGUAGAAUGCAAUUCUAACAUCCAAGAGGAGGUGUCUAAUAUGCCAGCUGUGAUCAACAAGCUACUUUUUAUGAUAGACAGAUGUCAAUCCGAGCCUGCAGGAUAUUCACUGUUUUCAAGCCAGGUUGCCUCCAAUUCACUGUUUUACUGCACAUUCAAUGUUAAAUCUGCCCAGUCUUUGGUUAAUUGUGGAGCAGUGGAAAAAGUGCUUCUUAUUACAAAGGCACUUCUUGAUGAUAAGGAUGGCAAUACACCUUUAAGGUAUUACUGUUGUCUGUUCUUGGCAAGAAUUCGAUCAGCUCCUCUAGUCAAGCUCGAUAUGGAAACUUGUAUGGCUAUAGAUGAACUUAUCAACCUGUUCCUAGACAGACAUGUUCCAAAUGAAAUCUCAAAAUGGGAGGAGGAAAUGUCUUUUGUGUGGAUGACAAUGGUGCCACUAGUUCAUUUGGCUUUUGCUGGAGGGAAGGAAUAUAACAGUGAUAGUGAAAUUGAUUGCGAUAGCCAUGGAAAUGAAAUUAAUUUAAUGAAAUGCGAUUCCUCAUCGCAUAAUGGAGAAGCCUGUUUUAGUGAGAAAAAGCUUUCGCCACCCGAAGGGAUGGAAAUAGCUGAAGCUGACACUGUUAAAGUGAAUGAUUCCCAAAGUAGCUUCAAAUCUCUUAAAACUGUAACCCCUGAAGAUCAGCUUGUGGUGCAAACUGUCAUCUCAUUUGCUUCAAGCACAGCACAUAAUGCACCAAGAACUAAUCAAGAUAAAAAUGUGCUGUCUGAAAAUCCCUCUAAAGUAGAGAGGAGAAAAGACAAAAUUUCUCAGCCAGGAUCUUCAUCAACACAAAAACUUGGAAUCUUUUCCCUGGUGCACAUGUUAUCAAUUGAGGAGAAUCAACAGUUGGCGCUUUUAGAGAAUCUCCCUCCCUUUUUGGUGUGUUUGUCUUGGCAUCUACCAUGCGAUGGGAAGGAAAAGCUAAGGAAAGUUCUUGCAAACAAUGUUCACACGCCUCCUUCUUUGAAAGUUGUUGCUAAAUCUGUGCUUGCUUUGGUGAAAGGUUUAGACAUGGUCUUCAAUUUGUAGACUGUUAAGUAGCCAACUGACAGGCAGACAGUGAGUUGUAAGGAAACAGCAGAAAAUUAAAAGGAAGUGUAGCUGUUGUUAAAAGUCUUAAAACAAUCUCCCGUCUGUCCCCAUCGGAGCAUUAUCAUAUAAUAGUAUCCAGUGCGCUUUUUUAUUUAAAUUACCGAAGUAAUCACAAUAGCCAAUUAUACUAUAAGGAAAUUAAUACCAUGAGCCAAUGAGGAUUUUUAGAACCGAAACAAUUUUAACUACGUCAAGUGUCGACAAACGCAUUAGUGUCUAAGUCAACGAGAGUUUAGAAAACCAAUCACAGAGAGAAGUAAAGCAAAACCGAUGUAGUCAUUUUCUAAACUUAAUUUUAUAUUUGAAUUCUUGAGCUAGAAUUCUCUUUUGAUAAUAUUCUUGGUUAAAGGCACGGAAGUCGUGACGUAAAUGAGCGCAAAAGUGAGAAAGCACGCUCUGUAAGAAGGCACUUCUCUCUGAGAAGAAAGCGCACGAGAAAUCAGUCGAGAAACCUGUGCUUUACACUUUAUUGUUACUACACAGGGUAAUGUAAGCAAUUUAUUAAUAUGUAAUAUUAUAUUAAUCACACUCAAAUGUUAAGUACGUUUGAAAGAAAUAAUAUAAUUCGGGAGGACCCGAAUUCUCUACAGCGAUUCACCACAGAGUUCCCCGAGACUUGGUCAAGAAGUCAUUAUGAUUGUGAGUGAAACUUUCCUUCUGGUAGCAUGCCUUUCCAUCGCAAGCUAGUUUAAUUUUGUAAAUCUUCGUAUUUUUCUUUCAACAAUAAUCGAGUUUGCGUAGAGCGUGAUUUGUAUUAGUAUUUAAGUCGGUUAGCUUGUCAGUUGAUUAUGGCUGUUAUGAGUCAAUUUCAAACUUGAUUUUUCGA